UCUGACUGUUCGUGUUGUUAGGGGAGAGUCGAGCGUUAGUUCGUCCGAAGUUACACCGAAACUUUCACAAUAAUGCCGCGCUGAAGAUGAGUCGACAGCAGGACGAGCAGGGCGUCGUGUUAACCGCCUACACCAGCAACAGCGAAGCGUUACGGGCUAUCAGCUGUAAGGAGCACACGGAGUUUCCCGGAGCGGGACGGAGCGCAGGUGUCUCCCUCGUUCAGCAGCUGCGAGCAGUAGUCCCUCGUGGGUUCUGUCGGCCGGAGCUCAGCGGCUCUCACCGCCGGAGGACAAGCCGCAGAACCGGUCAGUAUAAUGUCCAGCGAGGGAAAGCGUCCGGAGCGGCCCCGGGCCCCAGCUCAGGGAAAGCCCCGUACCAGCGCUGCAGCUCCCAGGACUCUCUGGACGAGCAGGCCAUGGUGGACUACUUCAAAGAGGUGGAGAUCAUCCAGCGCAGCGGAGACGCAGAGACGCAGGAGGACCUGCAGCUGAAGGUGGCUGACGAGGGCGAGCAGGAGGAGGCGUGGCUGAUGGAGGCGGGGCUUGCCACGCUGUUCGACGAAUCGGCUUCGGGCGGCGAGGACAGCAUCGUUCUACUCUCGACUCUGACCCGAACACAAGCGGCGGCCGUGGAGAGACGCGUGGAGACGCUCAAACAGACGCUGCGCAAGCGCAACAAGACCUACAGCGUCCCGGACGUCCGAGAGAUCUUUAAACCGUCCCCCGCUUCACAGAGUAAAGAUGAGGCUGGAUCCACAGAAAGAAGUGGGAGCGAUAAACAGGAAGUGGAAGAACUGGGUAAUGGGGUGGGGCCCGAUGCCGCGGGGGGCGGAGCUGACGCCGAGACGGACAUUAACCUGGAGGUGUCGUUCUCCGAGCAAGCACUUGUUUACAAGGAAGGGUUAAAGGUCAUCCAGCCCCAGAACGAAGCUGACGACAGGUUACCUGACUUUAAGGUGUCUCAGGAUAAGACUGGACAGACGAGAGUAGGCGAUCUGUCGGCGGAGGACAUGAAGAAAGUCCGCAGGCUUGUUCUGAUCGAGAUGAGCGCUCUGUUCGACACGUGCAGCAUCGAGGUCAAGGCUCAUAAAGCUCUCAAGGUCAAAGUGAGAGAGUCGGGUUUGUUCGGUGUUUCUCUCUCUACGCUGCUGGAACAAGAUCAGCGGAGGAUGCCGGGAGCCAGAGUGCCUCUGAUCCUGCAGCGUUUGAUCUCUCAUAUAGAGGAGCAGGGUUUAGAUACAGAGGGUGUGCUGCGGAUCCCUGGAGCUGCUACGAGAGUGAAGGCCGUCUGUCAUGAGCUGGAGCACAAGUUUUAUGAAGGCAUGUUCCCGUGGGAGAGUCUCAAGCAGCACGACGCAGCCAGUCUCCUGAAGCUGUUCAUCAGAGAGCUGCCCUAUCCUCUGCUGACCGUGGAGUACUUCAACGCCUUCCUGUCCGUGCUGAAGCUGCCUACUAAGAAACAGCAACUGCAGGCUCUCAAUCUGCUGGUGCUCCUGCUGCCUGAACCCAACAGAGACACUCUCAAGGCUCUGAUGGAGUUCUUCCAAAGAGUGAUCGACCAUAAGGACAGGAACAAGAUGACACUAAACAAUGUCGCAGUGGUGAUGGCGCCCAACAUCUUCAUGUGUAAGGGCUUCCGCAGUAAGAUCAGUGAACAGCAGGAGUUCGCUAUGGCCACUGGCACGGCUAACAUCGUCAGGCUGCUCAUCCGCUACCAGAACCUCCUCUGGACGAUUCCCAAGUUCAUCCUGAACCAGGUGCGCAAACAAAACAUGGAGAACCAGCGGAAGAUGAACAGAGACAGAGCAGUUAAAAAACUCCUGAAGAAGAUGGCGUACGACCGCGAGAGAGCCUCCAACAAACAGGAGAGCAACGCUGAGGCUGAAGGAGGCUUCAUCAGGGUCCAGGCUCCUCAGUUCUCGAUGGUGUCCAUGGCUGUCCAGCUGACGGAGGAUUUAAAGGCCUCAGAUGUUCUGACUCGGUUCCUCGGUCAAGAGAGGACUCUGUCUGUGAAACGAGAGGAUCUGUGUCUCUAUGAGAUGGGCGGAAACAUCAAGGAGAGAUGUCUGGAUGAAGAGACGUACAUCAAAGCUCUCCUGGAGCUCAACCCCAGUGCAGAGUGGGUCAUCAAACCCGUCCAGCACUGAGCUGCCAAUCACCCGGUCCCUGCACACCCCUUACAGACCACCGCAGACCACCGCAGACCACCAGAGGGGAGACAGCAGGAUCUCCAACACUACGACCUGCACAGAGACUGUAUGAACAUCCUUCAUAGUAAAAGCCAAAAAAAGCUCAGUGUCUGUGGUCUUUUAGUCUGGUUUGGCACAUUUUCAUCGCUUGCAAACAGUAGGUUGUUUCACGAAACAAAAAUAAGACUAAUUCACCAGGGUUUUUUUUAUUUAAAAUCUCCAGGUAGAAUCUCAUAGAAGAAGAAAAAAAACUAUUUUGGAGCUUGUUUUUUUUGUACCGUUUUCAUCAUAAUUAAACAUUUUCGCUCCCGAUUUCUUAUUACUGUGACUCUCCAAAAAAAAACUUUGUUAAUCCUUCUCAUUACUUGAGGAGUGAAUAUAUAUAUUCAGUGUUGGUCUUUUCAUCAUUGCAGUCAGCAGUCUUUUAUAAAGGAAAGAGGACCCGGGGAUAUGUUUAAUUAUCAUGAAAAUAGUUAUCAGUCAGUUAAGUCUGUGUAAUUUAUAUUAAAAAAAAUACUUAACUUAAUUAACAUUUUUCUUUGGGGGUGAAAUAUGACCCAGACCUGUGCUUUACAGGUUUUAUGAAGUGCGCCCAGCCUCAAAUCUCAUGAACAUAUAGACCGUAUACAUUGUCUCAGACGCACCGAGGUAUACCUUCAUCUCCCACGUUUCUUCCUUAAACAUUUGAUUACAUGUGUGAUCUCUUGAGAUGAUAGCAAUCAGUCACAUGACUUACAGUAGCUCACACUGCCAAGAAAAGUUCGCUUGUUCAGUCGCUCCCAGGGAUCUUGGACGUACUUUUUUUUUUUCAUGUUGGAGAAAAUAAUGCAAGUCAGAUAAUAUUGUACUAUAUCUGUAAAGGAUUAGUGACUGAAAACACAGACCUCAUCAAGUACUUCAACGGAGGGAAACACUUGGCACUUAAACGGACCCUGUCUGUUAUUUACAGUGAUGUCAUUGAAUGAGUAGUUUCAUUAGAGCUGUGAUUUUUAUUUUUUACUGCUACGUCUUUUGCUGAUGUCAUGCUUUUAUUGUGCUGGAAACUGUGAACCUGGUGAAAAGGACCGUUGCUGUAAGUUUUAAUGCUUCUGAAAAUAACCACUAAAUGUUUUUGUAAAUAAAUUUGUAAUUCCUC